AUGGGGUCCCAGAGAAUUGGCCACGACUCAGCGAGUGAACAACAGCAAGAAAAGAAACUGGGUAACGUGAUCUCAUCCAGUUACGGAAUUCCAGCUCUGACCUCCAGCCUGAAGCUCUUUUCCACCUCAGAAAGAAGCUACGCAGAAAGACUCCACCCCAGAAACCUAGCAGGGAAUCCCGUCCAGGACCCGCGCCUGCGCGGUGGCGCCCCGCACCAACUUUCCUUCCGAAGACCCCCCCGCAUCCUGCGCCUGCGCAAGAAGGGACUCUAUCCUCGGGGUUUCCCUGGCGCUGGCUGGCGACCAGGUAACCCGGAGGGUUGUGGGUGGGCGCACCCGGAGACCACGUGGCGGGCGUCCGCCAAUCAGCACGCAGACCGCACUUUGCGGCUAGGCUUCAAACAAACUACCGUGAGGCGAGAGCGGCCUGUGGGGCCCCGCCCUCUCGCCUGGGUCUGGGGCCCCGCGAGACGGCGGACGGCUGGGGGCGACGAGAGCGGGGGCGAGGCGCAGUGGGGGCGGGCUCCCAAUCCGGUUCCAUCCGGUUCUCCCACUACCCUCGCCGCGGGUCCCAGCAGCUCGGGCGGCGGGAGGAGCAUCAGCGGUCAGGCUACUCAGCUUCGCGAAGGCUCUCGGCGCGCCGCGGCCCUCAGGCACCCGGCUCUCGCCCGCCCCGCCGCCACGAUGCCAAAGAGGAAGGUCAUCUCCGCGGAGGGGUCAGUAAAGGAGGAGACUAUGAAAAUGAUGUUAGAGAAAAAGCAAAUUCGAGCAAUUUUCUUAUUCGAGUUCAAAAUGGGUCGUAAAGCAGCAGAGACAACUCGCAACAUCAACAACGCAUUUGGCCCAGGAACUGCUAAGGAACGUACGGUGCAGUGGUGGUUUAAGAAGUUUCGCCAAGGAGAUGAGAGCCUUGAAGAUGACGAGCGUAGUGCACGGCCAUCAGAAGUUGACAACGAUCAAUUAAGAGAAAUCAUUGAUGCCGAUCCUCUUAAAACGACACGAAAAAUUGCCGAAGAACUCAAGGUAAACCAUUCUACAGUCGUUCGGCAUUUGAAGCAAAUUGGAAAGGUGAAGAAGCUCAAUAAGUGGGUGCCUCAUGAGCUGACCGAAAAUCAAAAAAAUCGUCGUUUUGAAGUGUCAUCUUCUCUUAUUCUACGCAACAACAACGAACCAUUUCUCGAUCGGAUUGUGACAUGCCACGAAAAGUGGAUUUUAUCUGAUAACCGGCAACAACCAGCUCAGAGGUUGGAUCAAGGGAAAACUCUGAACUUGUACCCAAAAAAGAUCAUGGUCACUGUUUGGUGGUCUGCUGCCGGUCUUAUCCACUAUAGCUUUCUGAAUCCUGGCGAAACCAUUACAUCUGAGAAGUAUGCUCAACAAAUCAACGAGAUGCACCAAAAACUACAACACCUACAGCCAGCAUUGGUCAACAGAAAGGGCCCAGUUCUUCUCCACGACAACGCCCGACCACAUGUCGCACAACCAGCCCUUCAGAAGUUUAAUGAAUUGGGCUACGAAGUUUUGCCUCAUCCGCCAUAUUCACCUGACCUCUUACCAACAGACUACCACUUCUUCAAGCAUCUUGACAACUUUUUGCAGGGUAAACACUUCCACAACCAGCAGGAUGCAGAAAAUGCUUUCCAAGAGUUUGUUGAAUCCCAAAGCACAGGUUUUUACACUACUGGAAUAAACGAACUUACUUCUCGUUGGCAAAAAUGUGUUGAUUGUAAUGGUUCCUAUUUUGACUAAUAAAGAUGUGUUUGAGCCUAUUUAUAAUAAUUUAAAA